UCUGGUCGGCAGGCGGUAUCUACAGGAGCAGCCCGUCACGGAGAGGGACGGUUGUCAUGGCGGCAAAAGGCGGCUCCCGUUACGUGGAAGCCUCUUGGGUCCGAUGAGGAAUUCCGGCUGACCGGGUAUCAACGCAGCCGGACCCCUCCACCCUUCCGAGCCUCCUCGGCACCCACGAUGAUGGGAUGGGGGCCAGGAGUCCCCCCUCGCCCACUGACUGGAUGCCCUACGCCCUUGGUCAGGAAAUUAACAAUGAGAACGAUGGACUCUGCGUGUCAGAAACAGAGAGAACAUCAGGAGAAAAUCCACAGGGGAACAUUGAGCAACAAAUGCAAGCAAGACUGAGGUUUGGCAAUCUUUCAUCUUCCAGGAGAUGAUCUACCGACCUGACUUGUAGAACCGAGCAGUGAGCCCAAUCAUGUGGAAGCUGGCACUGACCCCAACACCCCCGUUAUUGAGAUCUGAUUCCCAGAAGAAAGGAGCUGAGGAUUUCCUGGAAUGAAGACCCGAUUAGCUGGAGCACCUGAUGCUGACCUCAGGCCUGAUUUAGCAGGACACCCAAUCAUCGGUGGCAGCUGGGCUCGAGGUCCAGAUCAACACGUGACCUGACCCACUGAAGCAGGGACCAAGACCUGAGCGCUAACCAGACCUGUAAAGCAGUGGCAGUCAAAGCACAACUUGACACGAGGCCUUGGAGAUGGCAGUUACUUGGGAAGCGUGGCAAGAGGACUGGAUUGCAGAGCCAAGCCACCACAUCUGCCUACCUGCUGUCUUUUCAAUACAACUUGUAUCCUUGGAUGUUAAGCUGCCUCCAUUUUCCUGAUGGUCUCCUGCAACCCAGGUCUGACUACCUCCCUGCAACUUCGAUCUAUUACCUUCUCAUUCUCCCAUAUGAGUUAAAGGUCAUCAAGCUGCAGCUCCGGUUCCCUAACAGACAGCCUCGAAACAAAGAAAGCCAUGGAGCCCGUUCAAAGAAAACAUCAAACCCCCAAUGCACAAAAAAGAAAGAACAAAUCCUGGAAACGGCAAAAAUAUGUUCUUACUUUUGGAAGGACGGCUUGAGCAGAGAGACGAGCUCUGCAAAGUCGACAAGGACUUUGAGACAUACUACCUGCCCAUCAUUUACAUCAUCGUCUUUGUCACUGGCUUCAUCGGCAACGGUGUUGCCCUCUGGAUGUUCAUAUUCCACAUGCGACCUUGGAGCAGCAUCACCAUCUACAUGUUCAACCUCGUCCUGGCUGAUCUCUUCUACAUCUUCUCCCUGCCCAUUCUGAUCUUUUACUAUCUGAAGGCAAGCGACUGGAUGUUUGGUGAGGUCCUAUGCAAGCUGCUGCGGUUUAUAUUCUACGUCAACUUGUACAGUGGCAUCUUGUUCCUGACCUGCAUUAGCGUCCAUAGGUACACGGGGGUUGUCCAUCCCAUGAAGUCACUGGGCAAGCUGAACAAGAGGUUGUCAACUGUUGUUUGUGUGUGUGUGUGGAUUGUUGUGGUGGCAGGCAUCUCCCCAAUACUUUACUUCUCCAGAACACACCUGCACACCAGUGGUACAAGCAAUUCCACACCACAACAAGACGCUAAUCAUACGGUUUGUUAUGACACGACAUCACAGGAACUCCUUCACACGUACUUCAUCUACAGCAUGAAUAUCAGCUUCUUCGGAUUCUGUGUCCCCUUCGCCAUCAUCCUGGUCUGCAAUGGUUUCAUCGUGAAGGCGCUGAUACGUAACAAGAUGAACUCUCCCUCCCGGAGCAGGUCUGUGCGUCUGGUCAUCAUUGUGUUACUGGUCUUUGCCAUCUCCUACCUGCCCUUCCACGUGAUGAAGAAUCUAAACCUUCGGUCCAGACUUUAUUACCAAGGGAUAGACACAUGCGCGUGGAAUAAAAUGGUGUAUGCCAUGUACCAAGUGACCAGGGGUCUUGCCAGUCUCAACAGCAGUUUGGACCCCAUCCUGUACUUUCUGGCUGGUGACAACUUCAGGAAAAGAUUUCCUAAUGCAGCUUUUAGAAUGACUCUUCGGAAUGAGACCAUUGUGUAGGAAUUUUCUGGACAUGAUGGUUCAGUCAUAGGAUGGAGGUGAACCUAUAACCAGUAUUAGUACCCAGUGGCAACCUUCUUACGCACACCUGUAUACUGUUCAUUAAUGCAAAUAUCUAAUCAGGCAAUUAUGUGGCAGCAAGCCAAAGCUUUAAGGUAUGCAGACGUAGUCAAGAUGUUCAGUUGUUGUUUAAAUCAAACAUCAGAAUGGGGAAGAAAUGUGAUCUAAAUGCUCCACUUCAAGGUUUGAUGUGUUGUGUGUUCUGAGUUGCUCUUCUGCACACCACUGUUGUAACGCAUAUCAACUUGAACCAUUCUGCCCAUUCACCUCUGACCUCUGUCAGAAGGAAGUUUUCAUCCACAGAGCUGUCGCUCACUGGAUUUUUUAAAAUUUCUCACACCAUUCUCUGUGAAGUUGCUAUUUCUAGGAAUAUGGUUCUUGGGAAACCGAAAAGAAUGAAGGUAGCUGUCACCUAGACCAGAUGGUAUACACCCUGGGGUUCUGAAAAUGGUGGCUGAAAAAAUCGUGGAGGCCUUAGGUAAUGAUUUUUCAAUUGAUUCUGUAAUGGUUCCAGAGGAAAGGAAAAUUGCAAAUGUCACUCCACGAAGGGAGGAAGGCAGAAGAAAGGAAAUUAUAGGCUAGUUAGUGAUGUUGGAGUCGAUUGCAAAGUAUGUGGUGCGGGGUACUUGGAGGCAUAUGAUAAAAUAGCCUGUAGUCAGCAUGGUUGCCUUUAAGGGAAAAUCUUGCCUGACAAAUCUGUUGGAAUUUUUUAAAGAAAUAGCAAACAAGACAGACAAAGUGAAUGUUGUUUACUUGGAUUUUCAAAGGCAUUUCACAAGUUGCUACACAUGAGGCUGCUUGACAGGUUAAGAGUCCACAGUAUAACAGGAAAUAUACUGGCAUGGACAGAGCAUUGGCUGAUUGGCAGGAGGAAAAGAGUGCAAAUAAAGGGAGCCUUUUCUGAGUUGGCUGCCAGUGACCAUAGGGUCUGUGUUAGGACCUGCUUCUUUUUACGUUAUAGAUCAAUGAUUUGGAUGACAGAAUUGAUGGUUUUGUGACCAAAUUUCUGACUAUAUGAAGAUAGGUGGAGGGGCAGGUAGUUUUUGAGGAAGUAGAGAAGCUACAGAAGGACAUUGGCAGAUUAGGAGAAAAAACAAAAAAGUAGCAGAUGGAAUAGAGUAUCAGGCAGUGUAUGGUCAUGUACUUUGGUAGAAUAAAUAAAUGCAUAGAUUAUCUUACAAAUGGAGAGGAAAGUCAAAUAUCUGAAGUGCAGUGGGACUUAGACAUCCCUGUGCAAGAUUCCCUAAAGAUUAAUUUGGUUGAGCUGGUGGAGAGGAAAGUAAACACGAUGUUAGCAUUCAUUUUGAGAGGUUCAGAAUACGAAAUGGAAUGCUGAGGCUUUACAAAGCACUGCUGCGGCCUCAUUUGGAGUAUUGAGAGCAGCUUUGGGCCCCUUACCUAAGAAAGGAUGUGCCGACAUUGGAGGCAGCUGAAAGGAACUUUAUAAAAAUGAUUCAGGGAUUGAAAGGCUUGUCAGAUGAGGAGCAUUUGGUGAAUCUGGGCCACUGUUUACUGGAAUUCAGAAGAAUGAGGGGUGACCUCAUUGAAACUUAGCGAAUGCUAAAAGGCUGUAAUAGAGUGGAUAUGGAGAGGAUUUUCCAAUGGUAGGGGAGACCAGAGGACACAGCCUCAGAACAGAGGGGUAUCUUUUUAUAAUGGGGAUGAAGAGGAGUUUCUUUAGCCAGAGAGUAGUGAAUCUGUGGAGGCCAAUUCUUUGCAUAUAUUUAAGGCAGAGGUUGAUAGAUUCCUGACUGGUCAGGACAUGAAAGGAUUCAGGGAAAAGGCAGGAGACUGGGGCUGAGAGGAAGAGUGGAUCAGCCAUGAUGAAAUGGCAGAUCAGACUUGAUGGGCCAAAUUGCCUAAUUCUGCUCCAAUAUUUGCUUAUCUUAUGGUCUAGACUCCAGAAGCUGGUGUACAUGACAAACCAAGAAGGUCAGCAGUUUCUGAGAUACUCAAAACACCGUGCCUGGUACAUUCAAUCAUUCUACUGUCAAAGUCACUUAGUUCACAUUUCUUCCCCAUUGAUAAUAUGUAACUGUUAACUGCAUGGAUUGCUACUGUGGAGACUGGUUACUGAUUGGAACUCCUUCAAUGGAACCAGAUUCCUGUGUUCCACGUAAUAUCUGGUUACUGUUCUGGUGGCACAUAGUUACUACACUGUGUUCCAGUAAAGGAUGCUUGUUAAUGAUCUAUUUACCACACAUGGAACCUAGUUGUCCACUUUGUCCAUGGUUACUGCUCAGCACUCCAUAAUCUAACUUUUCCACAGCACAUUGGGGGGAAGAGUGUCAUGUCACACCACAACUUUAAUGGUGAGCAAGCACAUAGAUAACUGCAGAUGGACUGAAGAGAAAAACUAACGGAGUCUCUAACCAAAUUGCACACUCAAACCGAUAUUACUUUUCAGAUACUGUAAAGAAUUAUUGUUCCUCGGAGUAGUACAGUUAAAAGCAGGCAGAUAGCACCACAGAGGUCUCAGCUGUACAGGGAAUUUUGUCGUCAAGGGGCCUUCGGAAAAGAGUGAUCAUAUCAUGAUGGAAUUUUACUCUGAAUGUGAAAACAAUGUACUUUUAGAGUUCAAAACAAAACCAUUGACUAGAAUCCCAAAAUAAAUGUGAAGCUAUGUGACGAGAGUUGUCCAUAGUUGAUUAUAAGUAUAAGUUGCAAAGUAUGAUGCUGAACAAGCGGAUGUUACUGGGAGCACAAAAGAUACAGCACAUGCUGGAAAUCCAGAGCAACACACACAAAAUGCUGGAGGAACUCAGCAGGUCUUCAGCAUACAUGGAGAGGAAUAAACAGUCAACGUUUCGGGCUGAGACCUUCAUUGGGAUGAGAAAGAAAGGACAAAGAGGUCUGACUAGGAAGGUGGGAGGAGGGGAAGGAGUACAAGCUGCCAAGUGGUAAGUGGAAACGGGUGAGGGGGAAAGUGAGAAGAGGUGACGAAAUAAGAAGCUUAGUGGGGAUAGGUGGAGGAGGUAAAGACCAGGAGAAAAAAGAAGAAUCUUAGAGGAGAAGAGAGUAAACCAUGGGAUAAAGGGAAAGAAGAGGAGCACCGGAGGGAGGUGAUGGGCAGGUGAGGAGAAAAGAAGGGAGUCAGAAUGACAAAAUGAAAAAGAGACAAGGGAGGAGAAUGUGAGAAAUUACUGGAAAUCAAUGUUCAUGCCAUCAGGAUGGAAUAUGAGAUGGUGCUCCUCCAACCUCAGAGUGGCUUCUUUGUGGCAGUUGAGUAGGACAUGGACCAACAUGUUGAAGUGGGAAUAGGAAGUGAAAUUAAAAUGAGUAGCCACUAGCAACCCUGCCUAUAGAGUGAAGGAGCUCAAUGAAUACCAUAAGACCUAGGAGUUGAAGUAGGCCAUUUGGCCAUUUGUUCCUCCAUUCCAAUGUGGAAUUGAGAGAUUUUCCCUCUCAAUCCCAUUGUCCUGCUUACCACCAUAACUUUUGAUGCCGUGUCUAAUCAACAAACUAUCAA